ACAGUGCGCGCGCUUCCUCACUUUGACACCCUAUGCUCUCAGACGCCACAAUGGAUUCCUGUUUUCGCGCACUUUGCAUGACUUUUGUUCUGGCAUCGUUCACCCGGAGGUCAGGUGCGGUCGGACCGGUUAUCAGAUGCGAGCCAUGUGAUGUUGGAGCGCGGCUUUUGUGCAAACCUUUACCCAAGGACUGCGCCGAGAAGGUCCGCGAACCGGGCUGCGGCUGCUGCAUGACUUGCGCGCUGAGCUUCGGCCAGCCGUGCGGCGUGUACACCGGGAGAUGUGGCUCCGGGCUCACUUGUCAGCAUCAGCCCGGUGAGACGAAACCUCUGCAGGCUCUGCUGGAGGGACGGGGGGUCUGUGCAAACGCUACAAAUAGGCGACUUACAGCCAGACCGACACCUCCAGUCAAUGAACUGCCAGCAGAGAAUGUACAGACUCAGGACGAGGAGAGGAAUUCCACCGGCUCAGGCUUUCAGACCUCGUACAGCACCCACAGACCCAUGGGACCCCCGAGACCUCCGCUUCACCCCUACUUCCCCUCUGCCAAGUCAGAGGUCCUCAGACGGGAGCAGCAGAAACGAACCCAGAGCUUUAAAAUGGAGGAGCUCCCGGGACCACUCAUCACAGACCAACAAAACUUCUCUCUAGAGACCAAACAGGAGCCUGAGUAUGGUCCCUGUCGGAGAGAGAUUGAGAGCAUUCUCAGCAGCCUCAAGAUUACAGACAUUCUCAACCCCAGAGGUUUCCGCAUACCAAACUGUGACAAGAAGGGCUUCUAUAAGAAAAAGCAGUGCCGUCCAUCCAAAGGCAGAAAGCGAGGCUUCUGUUGGUGUGUGGACAAAUACGGGCAGCCCUUGCCAGGUUUUGAUGGGAAGGAGCGAGGAGACGCCCAGUACUACAACUCUGAGAGCCAAUAGGAGCAGAGCGGGAUGGAGGGAGGGAGGGUGGGAGUGAGAGCAAGAAGAAUUGUAAACAAAUGGAGACACUGAGGAUAUUGGGAGAGGUCAAGAGAUGGCUCAGCCGAUAAAUGGAUGUUUGCUAUUUCUAUCUGUUGCCUGUGGGACCUUUUUUCUGAGGCAGAGCAAGGGAACAGAGGAAGAGUACCAGGAGGGGGAAGAAAACGCCUCUGUGUCACAGAUACUGUACUUUUAUGCGAUGGAUGGAUUCUUCAUAAGCUUUUUGUCUCUGACCCAACCAGGACAACUUCUGAGAAGAGGAUACACUUUAAAGAAUUUGUCUCAGAAGCCUUAUUCUGAUUCUAAAACACAGAGACGCUCGUCACAAACAUUGAUGAGAGUGCUCUUCAUUUACGCACAAUUAAGUGGCAUUGCACACGUGUACAUGCUUGUGAUGUGUAAUCAUGAUUUGUAUGCUUGUGAUUUGUUAUAAAGACAAUGUGUGUGGUGGUCACCGCAACCACAAAAUGUAUGUAUGUAUGAAUAUGUCCGUAGGAGUAAGCAUGCAGUGCCUUACUAUUCCUAUUCCUAUGAAUUCCAUUCUUCCGGUUGCUUCCUGCUUCUCAGGGAGUUGGACUGGACUGUGCAGCUCAAACACCACAGUGCAUAUAAAGUUUUUUUAAUGCUGGAUCUGAAGCAACAAGAGUAAUCUGUACUGUGGUUGUUACUGUUUUUUUGUCACUUUGCAUAAGCUGAAUUUUUGGGAUAAAGGCCACAAACCGUUAUCUCUGAUCUCUGUGUUGCCAGAGAUCAUUGUCAUCACUUGCCUUGGUUUAAGUAAAUACGCUGUUUGCAUGUACAAUGCAUCCCUCAGAGGUCUAUUUUUA